UUCGUGGAACAGACAAAAAUCAAUUUUGCAAGAAUCCUUACUUCACAACCACAGAAUUCAAAAGGAUGCCUGUUACAUCAAAUGAAAACAACUGCACAGUGGCAUUCAAUGUCACUGCACUAGCCAAUAGGAGAAAAAUAACUGUAAUAUUGCAUAUGAUAAGCAAAGACAGAAGCAAAUCACAAAUGGAUAUACUUAAGAGAGAUGGAAGACAACAAACCUUAACAUUUUCUUUUCCUUUUCUGGACGACAAAUUAUUACAAUAUUAUUUGAGGGCUGUCAUAUGGCUGGAUAUAGAAUUGUUUGAUGAGAUACUGUUCGCAGGUGUCUCAAUGUCACCAGGCUGCUUCAGGGUCUCAUUGACUAAAGAAACUACAACUAAUGAGGUCAAGAAAGAAUCAACUUCAACAAAAUUACAGAGAAAUAUCACAGAGAAAUUCGUUACAGGUGAUCUAUCAAAGCUGAUGAACAAAUCAGCGAAAGUCUCAUUGACUAAAGGAACUACAAUUAAUGAGGUCAGGAAAGAAUCUACUUCAACAGAAUUACAGAGAAAUAUCACAGAGAAACUCGUUACUGGUGAUCUAUCAAAGCUGAUGAACAAAUCAGCGAAAGGAAAUCCAAAUGAAGACACCAGUGGCAGAAACUCGAAUAAAGUAACCGUUGGUGAUAUUGUAUUGAUUAUAGUAACUGUUGCAUUGGUAUCAGCAUUAAUAUUUGGGACAACUUUCAAGUUUUUAAGAUAUCAUAAAAAUAAAACGGUCGAAGUGAAAACAAGUGCUGUUUGUGACGUCAUCUCCGGAACGGGGUUCAUAGAGGAUAAUAUUUGCAAUUCUAACCCAAAUUACUCUUGGUACCGAUCGUCAUGGAUCACUGGGCGAAUCAAUAAUUUUCAUUUUAAGGAUUUAAAAAUGUUUGAGGAAAUUGGCAAUGGACACUUUGGCCUUGUCAGGAGGGGCAAAAUACUCUCAACAUCAACUCCAGUUGCCCUUAAGGAAUUAAAACCUUGUUCAACAGCAGUCGAGAAAAUGGAUUUUCUUUUAGAAGCUAUAACGUUAUGUAAACUAAAACACUCGAACAUCGUACGAUGUUUUGGUAUAUCAACAAGCCAACAACAUAUCUGUAUUCUACUUGAGCUAAUGGAUGGUGAUUUAAAGAAUUAUCUUCGUAAAAACAGAGAUCUCGGUGUGAGUAUGGCUACCGUAUUUUCGCUAACACAUUCCUUGAAACUCGCAAUUGAUGUAUGUCGAGCCUGUGUAUAUCUGGAGGCUAUCAAAUUUAUUCACAGGGACAUUGCUGCAAGGAACUGCUUAAUUUUAAACAAAGAAGGUCAGGUGGUGGUUAAGAUAGCCGAUUUUGGGAUGGCAAGGGAUGUCACAAUGACGCAAUAUUAUGUUAAGGAGGGGACUUGCAAAGUUCCAGUGCGUUGGAUGUCGCCAGAGUCAAUGCUGAAUGGACGUUUUAGUUCAAAAACAGAUAUAUGGGCUUUCGGGGUGCUUAUGUGGGAGAUUUACACCGGAGCUCGGUUGCCUUACGGUGACUUUACGAUAGACGCUGUCAUGAGUCACAUUAUUCAGGGAGGAAAACUGGAUAAACCUGCGAAAUGUUCAGAUGAUGUAUGGCAGAUCAUGCAGAUGUGUUGGUUGGACUGUGCGGAUGAGAGACCUUCGUUCAGAGACCUAGAGAAGUCACUACAAACGUGUCUAAAUACUGGCGAUGAACAGGAAAGUGAAGGGAAUACUGAAGACACCAUCUUAUUGUGAAAAUGACGUGGAAACUCUCUCUCUCUCUCUCUCUCUCUUUCUUAUGAAUGUACAUGUAAUAAUUUUUGAAAAAUUGUUUCAAUUUUUAUUAUAUAACAUAUAUGAUGUUGUUGAUAAUGAGAAA